CUUUUCCUUAUCACGUUGGUGGUAAUCACGAUCCUUCCUCGACGUCCACGGCUCGUCAACAAGCGCUCAGUCUCGCCCACUGCUCCCGGGAUAUCUCAUUUGAAGUUGCGACUCGCCCCUUAGCGAGGCUUCAAAACGCCCGCAAAGCCCUUGCGUAGCUCUCAAGCGCAAACGCCUGUUUCAACUGGCACACCGAAACUCACCUUUCGGCUUUCAGCGUCUCACCUCGUGCUAAACGCGACCACCAUGUCUGAACCGAUUCCCGAGUCAAUACCAACAUCUGCAGACCCAAAGUCCCGGCGUCCAAUCAAGAAGCGGGCUCUUUCACCCAUUUCUAAACAAGCCGCCAACGUAGAAGCGCUCUUUGCGAAACCUGACAGCCAGAACCUGGAUUUCACACGACCUGCACCCAAGACCCUACCCCCACCACCAGAGAUCGUCACGAAUGUGCAGGGGUCGAGUGCGGGUGCAGGCAGCGGUGAAUUCCAUGUAUACAAAGCGAGUCGACGGAGGGAGUAUGAGCGUGUGAAGGCGAUGGAGGAAGAGGCGAGAAAGGAAAAAGAAGACGCAGAGUAUGAGGCCAAGAUCGCGGAGAUGAAGAGAAAGGAUCAGGAAAAGUUGAGUAAGAAUCAGAAGAGGAGAGCAAAGCAGAAGGAGAGGCAAGCUAAGAAGGGCAAAACUUCGGACGAAGCAGCUAAUGGGAAUGGCAAAGUGCAGAAGUUGGGCCUGAAUAAAGUCAACAAUGGGGAAGCGAAGGCGUCCAAGACUGAGGAAGCGGAUGGUGAGGAAGUCAAGGCCGUGGUUGCGGAUGAAGAGGUUGGCAUCACGAUUCAGGAAGACGAUUGACGACAGCUGAACUAUGCGUCGACGAAGAAAGCUAAAUUGAGGAGAGCCCGCCAGGAACCAGUCAACAUCGAGCCGGCAGGAUCAAGACGCAUAAUUAGUACCAUGCGUUGUACUUCGAACGUGAAGCCGUCAAUUCUUGUCGCCAGCCCCAAAAGCAUAGGGCCUGCGCGGAGAUGCUAAAUAGGAUCAGUCUGUUCGCUGAGACAAAUAUAGCGCACAAACUCAGGAGCUGAAGUGUCAAAAAUACUCACACCGUGGAGUGUAGAUGCUCCUGUUGUUUGCUUAGGUUGGUUCUUUGGUACUCGGUCAUCAAAAUCUCGGACAAGUAGUAUUCGUUCGUCUAGCUGCGACAACUAACCUUCGACCUCUCAUUUUGAUGUCAACUGUAGGGAUGAAAUUUCCCUGCAUGUCCGCCACACAUAUCAAUAAGUUUUAAUGCCUUGAUCUAAACGAUAGAGUUUGGUAGUUCGAUUUAGAAGAGGUUGUUGGCCACAAAUAUGGCAUUUAGACCGGAAUACUUGAAGCGAGAGUUGCUAUGCAUUCACGAAAUGACCACCUUGAGUCUUUAAUGUCUGCAUGUUGAGUACGAGUCGGAAUUUUUGGUUUUAAUACGGAGUACUCUCCAAGUUUACUGAAAAGGUAUAAGACGCCUCUUCGCAGCUGUAUUUUUCCAUGAAAUAUAUAAUCAUUU